CAACCUUCUGCUACACCACAACCAGAGAGGAGGGAAGAUUCAACCCUGAACCAAAGGACUCAAACCAGCUCCAAUAAAGACGACUCAACACGUUUUAGACUGCAGAUAUUUUUGAUUCUGCUCUACUUAGCAGCAAGAUGACCAAUCUGUCAGAGAGAGCUCUUUUCUUCUUCUUCUUUACAGCACAGGUGUUUACACUAGCCUGGACCCAGGUGUGUCCUCGGAGAUGCCAGUGCCCUGACGAGCCCCCUUUGUGUCUCCCUGGGGUGCCCCUGAUCCUGGAUGACUGCGCCUGCUGCUUGGUGUGUGCCCGUCAGAAAGGGCAGGCCUGCUCUGAAAUGAACCCCUGUGACACACGUAAAGGGCUGCAGUGUGAAUACACGGCCGACAUCCACAAGAGGACUGGUACCUGCGCUGCUCAUGGGGGAGAUGUUUGUGUUUUGGACGGUUCUGUAUAUCAGAAUGGCCAAACCUUCUUCCCCAGCUGCAAGUACCAGUGCAUGUGCCGCGACGGGCAGAUCGGCUGCGUGCCGCGCUGCAACGUGGACGUGAUGCUGCCCGGGCCGGACUGCCCCAUGCCACGCAGGGUCCAGGUGCCUGGAGAGUGCUGCGAGAAGUGGGUGUGUGAGCCCCAGGCUGAGGCCAGCGCGCUGGGCGGCUUCGCCAUGGCGGCCUAUCGUCAGGAGGAAACAGUGAGGUUUGACGGCUGGGACCCCAGCCUGAACUGCAUUGAGCAGACCACUGAGUGGGGCGCCUGCUCUCAAACCUGCGGCAUGGGGUGGUCCACCAGGGUCACCAACAAGAACCGUCGGUGUGAGAUGGUGAAGCAGAGCCGACUGUGCAUGAUCAGACCAUGUGACGACCAGCAGGACCAGAUGCAGCGGACACAGCUUGCACCAAAGAGAGGCAGCAAGUGCCAGAGGAUGGCGAGGAGUGACACAGCCGUCCACCUCUCCUACAAGAACUGCACCAGCGUCCAGGCCUACAAGCCUCGCUACUGCGGCUCCUGCACAGACGGCCGCUGCUGUACCCCCCACAGAACCAAGACCUCCCUGGUGGAGUUCCAGUGCGCCAACGGCAGAACCACCAGGAGGCCGGUCAUGGUGAUCCUGACCUGCGCCUGCCACAGCAACUGCCCCCGAGACAACGCUGUGUGGCAGCCAUCAGAGCUGGGAUACAGCGGUAUGAGGUCAUAGGUCAGAAAGUCCCUCUGAGAUAAUAACGAGGUUAUGAUGAACAGUAAGUCAAGAUUUUAGCUGAGGACUGUGUCUGUAAAUCAAGGAAUUUAGGGUUGUAUUAACUCAAAAUUUUAGAUGAAAACACGACUAUCCACAAUAUAAUAUAUACAGUACAACAGUCAUAAAACUGCCUUUAAGUUGUGACAUAUCCACAGCGCUUAUGUUUAGAAACAUACACGUAUUCAUAAAAAUAAGAACACUCAUAUGAGGUUGAGAGAGAUUGUGGAGAAUGAAAUAGCUCUGUGUCUCUCUCCUGGAGGGGGAUUUAACAGUGUAGCAUCCUGUGGACAAGUGAGUGCCAUCUUCACUAUUGUUAAGUAGAAGCACUUAAACCUUGUGAUAUGUUGAUAUGUUGAUUCUCUCCACUUGUGGAAAGCAGGUAGCGCACACGACCGACCACUUACAGCAGACUGCAGCUAGACAGUUGUUUGUGGUGCUCUUGCAUACGUGGAGGAGAUUGUGAACAGCCUCUAUUCCAGAGGUCAGAUAGUAUGAAGGCGUACAGUCGCAGGGUCGUGACACACAGGAGUGUCGUGGUUGCUUGAAGCCUUCCAACCAGAUGGUUUGAUUGACAGUUGGGUUGGCCAGUCAGGCGUGAUUUAUUAUUAGUUUUUGACAGAGAACAUGAAACCACAGUGUGUUUUGUUCAGCCUAAAUUUUGUAAGUCCUCUGUCAGAAUAAAUGAGAACACCUGCUGUACUGUGACAUCUUGAUACCUUUAUAAGACCAUUACUUCCCAUAGAUAAAACCAGAAGGGGCAGCAGAGGGAAAUAAAAGAUUAUUGGGUGAGCUGUUACCUUUUACUGACACUUCCAUGAUCAUUUUUCCACUAUGGAACACAUUCUUGAAAUAACUGGACUGUGUGCUUUGACCUGGUCCAAACAAAGGGCCCAACCUAUGACAGAGAGGUCGCUGUGAUGACUUAGUGUCAUUUCUAACAUCUGCCUGAAGUCCUAUCCCUGUUGUAAAAUGCAUAAUGUUUAUAUUCCCAUCAAUAAAUGCAAAUGUAUGGGUUUUUUUAGGUUUAGAAGGGAUUUUAUUUCUCUGUUGUUGUUGUUUUUUCUUUGUUAAAAGUAGUGCACAGCUAUUUUUAUAGUGACAAAAGUUUUGUAAAUACUUGCUGUAUAGCUCGUUUGACAGAGUGUGUAUCAAAUACACAGCAUUAAUUCAUAACAAUGUAAACAUGAAUUGUAUAUAUUGGUAUGUGCGUGGUAUCGUUUUGCUUACUACUUGAAUCACACUUCACACUGCUUGUUGCUGUAUCUGUCUGAAUAAUACUGCAAACAUUU